CUUCUAUUUCCGGUUCCGGUUUAGCUGGGGUCCUGACAGCGCGGAUUAGAAAGAAGUGUUCGCAGUUAAAACAACAGCGUUUAUUUCUUUACCUCAAUCCACGCGAGUUUGAAACAUGUCCGGCAGAGAAGGAGGCAAAAAGAAACCGCUGAAGGCGCCCAAGAAACAGUCCAAGGAAAUGGAUGACGAUGAUGUCGCCUUUAAGCAGAAGCAAAAGGACGACCAGAAGGCCAUGGAGGCAUUGAAGGCCAAAGCCUCCGGGAAAGGACCUCUAGGGAGCAGCGGCAUCAAGAAGUCUGGUAAGAAGUAAGAGCGGACUCUCUUCGCCACUACACCUCCUGGCCGAGAAGACUCCGGUGUGCUUUCGCUGUUCACACCCACAUCUGCAGUUUAAAGAAUGGGGAUGAAUCCUGACUAAGUUUUAUUUCCAUGUAAAACGUUAACACAUCACCCAGAGAUCUUUCAGAAUUGUUAUGUAUUGUAAGUGGAUGAGAUGCUAAUAAAGUUUUUGUAUUUAC